AUGCACGGCCAGAAAUGGCGCCGUCCGAAAGGGAAGGUGGAGACAAAGGUGUGCAAGACGGCUAAUGUGGCGAUAGCAAGAAGCAUCAACGAAGAUAGAUGCAGAUCUAAGCGAAGGAAGUGGCGCCUCCACGAAGGAAAAGCGGACAAUCGCGGCAACAGAGGGCAGAACAGCGACACUAACGACAGAGAGCAGAACAACGAUGAUGAACAACGGAGGCGUCAGGCGCAUUGUCUUCUCCACCUCGUCCGUGGGACCAUCUGGUGUACCGUCUUCCUCGUAGCGGCAGCGACGCAGCAAUCAACUUUCUCCCGGUCGUUGGCGUCUCAGUCGGUAUCUCUGUCAGCAUCAUUGUUCGCGGUUCCCUCUCUAGCAGCCAACUUCCUCCAGGCUCCAGCGUCGUCUUCUCCGGUCACUCAUUCAGAUUCAAAAAAAUGGGGAAAACUAACCCUAAAAGUGAUUCGGUUGUUGGAAGUACUUCUUCUCCAAGUGCAACCACUCUCGCUGUUGAGAAUGAUGGUCUUUCUGGUGGAACAUCGCAAAGUCCAGCUCCCCCAGCGUUGCCUGCCUCAAAUCCUUCAUCAGAAACACAAACCGAAGCUGCUGGAACUACUGGCGAGCCUCCAAAAGAGAGGCAUGGGUGAUUGGAAUGGGUCAACAUUGUUAAAUGGGGAGCUCAUGCAUAUGAGGUGUUGUGCUCACAUAUUAAAUCUAAUUGUCGGUGAUGGUAUGAAAGAGAUUGAUAGCUCAAUAACUAAAAUCAGAAUUGCAUGCAAGUUUGUUAGGUCAUCUCCUGCUAGGAUGCAAGCUUUUAAGAGGUGUGUUCGAGAGGCUAAUAUAACUUCUAAAGCUAGUGUAGUGUUAGAUGUGCCUACUAGGUGGAACUCUACCUAUUUGAUGCUAAAGGCUACUGAGAAGUUUGAAUCGGAUUUUAGUCGGCUUAGUUAUCAAGACUCAUUUUAUUUGUUGGCGCUUGAGUCUGAAGGAGGACCUCCUGAUGCUAAUGAUUGGACAAGGGAACGUGUGUUUGUGAAGUUCUUGAAGAUAUUUUAUGAUGCAACUCUUACUUUUUCUGGUUCUUUGAAUGUUACAUGUAAUAAUUUUUUCAAUAAGUUGUGUGACAUUCAAAAAACUUUGAAUAAGUGGAGAAAGAGUAAUGAUGUUGGUUUGCAAAAGAUGGCGACACAAAUGAAAGUGAAACUAGACAAAUAUUGGGAGGGUGAUGGGAUAAAUUACUUUCUCUUUGUGGCUGUUUUUCUUGAUCUUCGUUACAAGUAUGAGUAUGUUGAAUUUUGUCUUAAUCGGAUGUAUGGGUUGAAUCAAGCCAAAGAUAUGUUGAAAAAAUUGAAGGACAUCGUUCAUAAGUUGUUUGAGUAUUACUCUAUGAUGUAUCCCCUUCCGGAUGGUAGUUCUUCUGGUAGUUUUAAUUCUAGCAUUGCCUCUCAUGAUCAUGGGGUUGGUGGUGAAAAUGCAAUUGAGGAGGAAGAUGGCUUCGAAGAUGAGUUUAGAAUGAGGGUUAAAAAAAGCAAGGUGAGGUCAAAAGAAAUGAAUUGGAAAGAUACAUGGAAGAUUAUAUGGAGGAUAACAUUCCCGGUUUUGACAUUUUGCGUUGGUGGAAAUUGAAAUCAAUGAAGUAUUAUGCUCUUGCUCACAUUGCUAGGGAUUUGUUGGCUAUUCCCGUCUCUACCGUGUCUUCUGAGUCGGCAUUUAGUACUAGUGGUCGUGUGCUUGACCAAUUUAGAAGCUCAUUAAGUCCUUCUACUGUUGAGUCUCUAAUUUGCUCACAAAAUUGGUUGAAGACUCAAGAGAAGAUGUAUGACUUAAAGCAAGAACUUGAGAACCAAGAAAAACUUGAAUUAGAGCUCUCAGCUUUAAUAAUAUCUAAUCAAACCAUUGGAGUUGAUGUUGUUUACAACAAUUUGAGGUCACAACUCCUCUCUUGAAUAUGCUUGGUUGAUGGAGUGAAGGAUUAUGGAGUGAAGACUUUGAAAAAUAAAUAUUUCUAUUGCACUUUUGUAUUGAGCUUCUAAUGUUUAGAUUUUAUUGUGUUUUGGUUUUAGCUUUUUUCAAAGAUUAUUCACUAGACUUUUGUAUUUAACUUCUAAUAUUUCUAUUGCACUUUUAUAUUUUCAUUAGACAAGAUUAUUCACUAUUAA